AGCUAAACCCAGUCUGGUUAUAGAUUGUAGCUGGGCACAAACAAAUCUGACAGCAUUUCUAUGUCUUACUCAGCCUGUUUGUGUAGUUUGUUAUGAAAGUGUGUUGUUAAAGCAAUAUUUUACACAAAGUUCCCCGAACAGAAAGAGGAACUGCUCAUGUAGGGAGUUACUGUACUGUGUAAUGCAGGAUUAUUGGAGUAUUUCUCAAUGCAGUUGAAUAAAGGAAGUGAAAUGUGUUUGGGUCUCCAGUGGUCAUGGACAAACCAGUGUGCUUGAUUGACACGGCGUCCGAUGGGAAGCUGUGUGUCCAGCAGUCAGCGCUGCAGGUUCUGGAGCAGAUCCAGCAGCCCGUGGUGGUGGUGGCCGUGGUGGGUCUCUACCGCACCGGGAAGUCCUACCUGAUGAAUCGACUGGCAGGGAAGCAAACAGGGUUUGCACUGGGCAGCACAAUCGAGUCCAAGACGAAGGGCAUCUGGAUGUGGUGUGUGCCUCACCCCACUAAACCAGGAACCACUCUGGUGCUGCUGGACACCGAGGGACUCGGGGACGUGGACAAGGGGGACUCAGUGCAUGACACCAGGAUCUUCUCUUUGGCUGUCCUUCUGAGCAGCACUCUAGUCCUGAACAGUCGAGGAACUAUUGACAACAGGGCUAUAGAGGAACUGCAAUACGUCACUGAGCUAACUGAGUACAUCAAGAUCAAGUCACCUGAUGAAGUUGUAGAUGACGGAGAGUUUGUCAAGUUCUUCCCCAGUUUCAUCUGGGCUGUGAGGGACUUCACUCUGCAGCUAAACAUCGAAGGGAAAGACGCGACAGAGGAUGAAUACCUAGAGUUUGCUCUGAAGCUAAAACUAGGUAACUCAAUUCAAGUGAACAAUUACAACCUUCCAAGAGAGUGCAUUCGCAAAUACUUCCCAUCUCGGAAAUGUUUCACCUUCCCAUUCCCAACCAAUCCAGACAAUGUCUCUUAUCUGGAGACACUAGACCCAGCUGAGAUUUCAAAACGAUUCUUGGAGGUCACGAAUCGUUUCUGCCAGUUUAUCUUUGACCAGAGCCAAGUGAAAAAUCUGAAAGAUGGACACACGGUCACCGGCAGAGUUCUGGGUCAUCUUGUAAAAACAUACGUAGACACCAUCGCCAGUGGAGCUGUGCCUUGUCUGGAGAAUGCUGUGAUCGCAAUGGCACUGAUUGAGAAUGAGGCUGCUUUUCAGGAGGGGCUUGAGGUGUACCAGAGUGGAAUGGAGAAGAUGAAGAACUCCUUCCCUCUGGAACUGAAUGAAAUCACCUCGGAACACCAAUGCUUCAGUCUCAUGGCAACACAGACCUUCAUGAAACGCUCCUUCAGGGACAGUGAUGGGAAGUUCUUGACAUCUUUAGAGGAAGCCAUCAAUCAACAGUUUGACAGGUAUCUCCAGGACAAUGAGCAGGCCUCCGAGGCUAAAUGUGAAAGUCUUCUAUCAGUUCUCUCUGAACCAAUGACGGAGAGGAUCAAUCAAGGGUUUUAUGCCACAGCUGGUGGGUACGAUCUCUUCUGCCAGGACCUGGAGGACAUUGUGAAUCAGUACAAUACACUGGCCUGUCAAGAAGUCAAGAUUGCUGAAGUGUUGGAGAAAUUUCUACAGCAAAAGGCUGCAGUCACCACAGCCAUUCUGCAGGCUGAUGAUAAACUAACUGAAAAUGAAAGAAGGAUUUGCGAGGAGAGAGAGCGGGCAGUCCUUCUGGAACAGGAGAUCAAGGCCCAGGAAGAGAGGCAGCGUCAGCUGGAGGAGAAGAUGGAGAUUGAAGAACAGAAUAAUGAGGAGAGGGUGAGACAGGUCAUACAGAAGAUGGAAGAGGAGAUGUCUUUCCAACAGCAGGAGACACAGCGUGCCAUGGACAGUAAACUGAGGGAACAGGCUGCUCUGAUGGAGAAGGGCUUUCAAGAGAAGGCUAACAAAAUGUCCAGCGAGAUCGAGCAGUUGAGGAGGAAUAAUAAAGAGGUAGAGGACAGGAAGUCCAGAGAGUUCGCACAGAUGAUAGCGGAUCAGGAGCGAAGAAACGCACAGAACUUGGAAGUGCUGAGGCAACAGCACAGACAGCAGAUGGAAGCGAUUAACAGCAGGCCGAGACCUUCAUCUCGAGGCUGUUCUAUACAGUGAAUGUGCUUUUACACAAUUCUGACUUCAUAACUACUAUAAUCUCACUGAAAACAAUUUCAUGGUGUUUUUACAGACAACACUUACAUAACUGACUAAUUAUGCAUUUUUUUCUAAGUUACUGUAGCUGAUUACAGUUACAUUUAUCUUGUAACUAGUUACACGUAACGCUGUUAUGUGUAGCUAGUUACUCCCAAACACUGGCAAUGUCUAAAUGAUUACAUUAACUUAAUGUUUAGCGUUGAUAGUUUUUUAUUUUAUGUUAGAUGUUUUAGAUAAAAAAUCUUGAUGGGCUGAAUGUUUCAUUCAUGAAUGCUCACUGCAAAGGUCGUAUGAAGCAUUGUUGGUUGCAGCCAACUUGUUCCCCAGAUCAGCCAAAGACAGCAGGUGUUUGUGUAGAUCUUACCUGGAUCCUCAUGUCCUGUAAACAUGGGAUUUGUCAGGUUUGACCACUGGUGUUAUUGUGAAUGUGGCAGAUCAUUGUUAAGAUGGGAAAGGUGGGAAUUAGCUUGAAAUGAAAAGUUAAUUAACUUUCAAUUCAUACUGUACAUGAUCAGGCACUUUAUAACAAUAUACAAAUGAUUUUAACAUGUUAUAAUGAAUGCUUGCAAAUGUAAUGUAAACUUGUUGCUUAAACUGAUUAAAAUAAAUUCUAUAUCUUCUAAUGCACUUUUUACAUUUGCAAAUAUUGUAUAAAUGUCAGUAAAUUUAAGCUCUUUUAGACACUACUCAUGUUGACAUGAUUUAUUAACUCAUAACCACAGUCUGUAAAGUUGACACAUUUGCCAUUUUUGUGGUGUGCAUGCACACGUCUACUACUUAAACAUAUUUGCAAAUAGUUUAUUAAUUCUUUGUUCAACUUUUUGCUGUACCACAUUGAAACUGUUCAUCAUUUGUAAAUGUUGAUGAACAUUUACUAUUAAUCAUUUAGUAUCAAGUAUUUUUUAUAGUGCUCAAUUUUUAUGCUUUUUAGCUCUACUCUUUUUUUUUUAACUUCAAACGUUAAAUUAUUUUGAUAAAUUAACAAGUAUUUUCUUUCUCUCUUGGAAUUUGUUCAUGUUGAUGAAUUAUGAAAGGAAUAACCUCUGUUUAAGGAUAUUGUCUACUAUGAGUAUUGAGGCAAUAAAAUAUGUUUUGCACCAAAAUUA